AUGUAUAGCUUAAGAAUGUCAAUAUCUACAAUAAGACCCCAAGAGAUGCUCUUAAAGACAAGACAUAAACACAAACUCUUCUGCAUUUUCUCAGCAUUGGUGUUAAGUUUUAUCAUCGCCAAUCUAUACUUCGAACAAGCAUACAAUUAUGUUUCAGGAAAUACUGAAAAUAACAAAGUAACAUCACUUGAUAAGCAAUAUUCAUCUAUAACAAGUGGUGAGUCUUCUGAUCUUGUUGAGAAAUUGUCACAUAAAUUUUGGAACCAUACUUUCACCAUCAUGAAUAAUAAUGGAUUAGAUUUUAAUAGCAAUGAAAUAGAAGGUGUCAUUCAUUACAAUGAUAAAUCAGAACAAGAUUUAAAGACGUCUUCCAAAGAUGGCUUGCUUUCUAAAGCAAAAAUUUCUAAAGAAACGUUUAAGGAAUUCAAACAGAAGCAUGAUUCAUUAUUGAAUGAAUUACCGCCAGUGAUAUCUGAAUCAACAUACAAGCCGAACUCUAGCGGAAUAAUUUAUGUUGGGGGAGGUAAGUAUUCAUGGUUGUCAUAUAUUUCACUUUUGGGGUUAAGAGAAACAGGAUCAAAACUUCCUGUUGAAAUCAUGCUACCGACAAUUAAUGACUAUGAGAAAGAAUUAGAAUUUUGCGAUGUAUUACUUCCAAAACUCAAUGCUUCAUGUGUUGUUAUUCCGAAUUCCUUAGGAUCAUCAGUUCUGCUGUUCUGGUCUAAUAAAUUUAGGAGUUAUCAAUUCAAAUCCUUGGCAUUAAUGACGACCUCUUUCCAGAAUGUAUUGUUAUUAGAUUCUGAUAAUAUUGUGAUUGAAAAUCCAGAUACAUUCUUUGAAAGUAAAUUAUUCAAGGAAUAUGGUAUGAUAACCUGGCCCGAUUAUUGGGAAAGGACAAUUUCACCACUUUUUUACAACAUAUCAGGCGUUAAAGUUAACGAAAGAAGAAGAAUCAGAUACAACCGUCUCCCGUUGCAAGUUUCACUUGAAGAUAAUCUUACAGAGAAAGAGUCCAAAGAAGUUCCUUAUCAUGAUUUAGAUGGAACAGUACCAGAUUUGUCAACUGAAUCUGGCCAAUUAUUUAUUAACAAGGCAACUCAUGGAAGAACGUUAUUAUUAUCAUUAUAUUAUAACAUAUACGGGCCUAACUUGUACUACAAACUAUUUUCAUUGGGCGAAAAAGGAGAAGGUGACAAAGACACUUUUGCGGCUGCAGCGACAGUUUUGAAACAAACUUUCUAUCAAUUGAAGUCUUCAAUAAAGGCUAUUGGUCAUUUCGACAGUGAUGUCCAUUUUCAAGGAAAAGCUAUGGCACAAAAAAAUCCCGUUGUCGACAAUGAAAUAUUCCAGGAUACGGUAUUAAACACUUUUGAUAAUAAUAAAAAAGCAUUAGAAAAACCUUUGAAUGAGAAGAUUACAGAAAGGAAACAAAUUAUUGAAGAAUAUUUCAAUUCUAACAAUAACAAUCCAAUAUUCGCAAUGCAUUGUCACUAUCCAAAGUUAGAUCCUUCAGACUUGAUGAAGAGAAAAGAUAUUUAUGACGAAGAAAGGAUGCAACUACACUAUAGGAUGUAUAAUAAUUUUACAUUCAAAAGGAUGGGUCAAGAUGAACAAAUUGAUUUUGAAUUAAGACAAUGGCAAAAUAUGCACAAAAGUUUAUGCGAAGAUAACUUGUAUUUCGAGCAUUUUAACAACACAAAUAGAAAAGAGCUAUGCGAAUUUAUCAACAACCAAGUAAGAUGGUUGUCCCAAGGAACUAAACUGUUAUAA